UUUAACAAAAGAUCGGGGAAAGAGGGAGAGCUGGAGAGAGAGAGUGAGGAGAGGAGAGAGGGAGGGAGAGAGGAAUAGAGAGAGAUCGGAGAAAUUGAAUACAUGUAGAACAUAUAUAUAUUUAGAUAUAUAUUUUCACGGCGUGUGUCUGUGUGUGGCGGCGGCGGCGGUGAGGGGGGGACACCCGCAAAACGGAUACCUCAAAAAGGAAGGAUGUGAAAAAGGAUGGAGGGACCCAGGAAAAGAGGGGGGAAAGGCUGGUGAAAAACAGCACCCUCUCUUAGUGCGAUAUAUAUCUGCCUCCCCCCCUCGGCAGGUUGCCAUGGUCGCCAUACCUACUCUCUCUCUCCUAUUGGUCCUGGCAGAGUGGGCAGGUCUGGUGGACACCUCCCCCCACCUCCUGCUCCGGCCGAGCCCGCGGGAGCGUGAUGCGGGGGCCAUGAUGAACUUCAACAUCGCCGUGAUCCACGCCGGUGCGACAGUGCAGGCGGAGGCAGCGGUGGCGGGGCCGGGGGGAAGGGUGCUCUAUCCCGGCUUUGGCCGGGUGUACGGCUCCCUGGGGGAGAGCGUGGUUACCCAGUGGGGCUCUGCUAACGUCAUCUGGCUACAGGUGAAUGACAGUAGUCCUAAGACAGUACUGUCCCAGCUGUGUGAGCUGCUGGCGGCGCGGCCCCUGCAGGGUCUGGUUUAUGAAGAGGAGAGGCCCCCUCGCACAGCCUGGGGUCCUUUGGCCCCCAUGCUGGAGUUUGUCUCUGCACAAACAGGACUGCCCAUAGUGGCUGUAGGAGGGGGAGCGGGGCUGGGGAGGAUGCCACAGGAAUCAGGUUCCAUCUUUCUCCAGUUCAGCUCCUCUACCGCACUCCAAUUAGAGGUAAUCUUUGAGGUGUUGGAGGAGUACGACUGGACCGCCUUUUCUGUAGUGUCCACACGCCACCAUGGCUACCAGGAUUUCCUGUCUGUGGUGGAGGGCCUGACGGACGGCUCGUUCAUAGGAUGGGAGAAGAAAAGCGUGGUGAUCCUGAACGUGACCGACGACCCUGGGGGGGCACGCACACGCAGGCUGCUGAAGGAGAACGAGGCGCAGGUACGUUUGCUGUACUGCUCCCAGGAGGAGGCUGAGCUGGUUUUCCGAGCUGCCUGGGCCGCAGGUCAAGCCGGAGCCUCGCACAUGUGGUUUGCUGUGGGACCAGCCCUCUCUGGUUUGGGCAUGGAGAACCUGCCCCGGGCUUUAUUUGCUGUACGGCCUCAGGGCUGGAGGGAUGAACCCCGUCGAAGGAUCGCUCGCGGUGUGUCAGUGCUGACUCAUGGGGCAGUGGCUAUGCGAAAGGAAUACGGAACCACGGGUGGGCCAAACUUUGUCACCAACUGCAUGACGGAUGCCAAUCAGACCCAGAGACUGCGAGGCAGGAUGAGAUAUUUCAGCAACAUCACGCUUGGCGGUCGAGAUUAUUCCUUUAAUAGUGACGGUUACUUGGCCAACCCCUUCCUGGACGUCAUCUCGUGGACACCUGGACGUGGAUGGGAAGAUGUAGGCUGGUGGGAGAAUGGUGUGCUGAGGCUACGGUACCCAGCCUGGUCCCGCUACGGGCCAUUCCUUAAACCACCUGAUGAUGCCCAGCACCUGCGUGUUGUCACACUGGAAGAAAGGCCAUUUGUCAUUGUAGAGCUUGCAGACCCUGCAUCUGGAACCUGCAUCCGUGACUCAGUUCCCUGCAGACGACCCCUUAAUGCCAGCGCCAUCCAUGAGGGUGUGGCUCCCAUGAAGCAGUGCUGCAAGGGUUUCUGCAUUGACAUCCUCAAGAGAUUAGCCAAAAUUGUCGGCUUCACCUAUGAUCUUUACUUAGUGACCAAUGGGAAACAUGGGAAGAAAAUUGAUGGGGUUUGGAACGGCAUGAUUGGAGAGGUGGUGUACAAGCGGGCGGAUAUGGCCAUUGGCUCGCUGACUAUCAAUGAGGAGAGGUCGGAAGUUGUGGAUUUCUCUGUGCCCUUUGUGGAGACGGGGAUCAGUGUCAUGGUCUCCCGUAGCAAUGGAACUGUAUCGCCAUCAGCUUUCUUAGAGCCCUACAGUCCUGCGGUGUGGGUGAUGAUGUUUGUCAUGUGCCUGACCGUCGUGGCUGUGACUGUCUUUAUUUUUGAGUUCUUCAGCCCCGUAGGCUACAACCGCAGUCUCCAGACUGGCAAGAAGGCUGGAGGGUCUACUUUCACUAUAGGAAAGUCUGUCUGGCUUUUGUGGGCCAUUGUCUUUAACAACUCUGUGCCAGUGGAGAACCCAAGAGGAACCACAAGCAAGAUCAUGGUGCUGAUUUGGGCCUUCUUUGCAGUAAUAUUUCUGGCCUCCUACACUGCUAACCUGGCUGCUUUCAUGAUCCAGGAGGAGUACAUUGACACAGUGUCAGGCCUCUCGGACAAGAAGUUUCAGCAUCCCGAGGAGCAGUACCCACCUCUGAAGUUUGGCACAGUGCCCAACGGGAGCACAGAAAAAAACAUCCGCUCCAACUACCCAGACAUGCACCAGUACAUGGGCAAAUACAACCAGAAAGGAGUGGAGGACGCCAUACUGAACCUCAAGACCGGGAAACUGGAUGCCUUUAUUUAUGAUGCUGCAGUACUGAACUAUAUGGCCAGGAAGGACGAAGGUUGUAAGGUGAUGACCAUAGGCUCGGGGAAGGUUUUUGCCACCACAGGCUACGGUAUCGCCCUGCACAAAAACUCACGCUGGAAACGUCCUCUUGACCUGGCCCUGCUGCAGCUGGUGGGAGAUGAUGAGAUCGAGAUGCUGGAGCGCCUCUGGCUGUCAGGUAUCUGCCAUAAUGACAAAAUUGAGGUGAUGAGCAGUAAACUGGACAUUGACAACAUGGCUGGGGUCUUCUACAUGCUGCUGGUGGCUAUGGGCCUCAGUCUGCUGGUGUUUGCCUGGGAACAUUUAGUCUACUGGAAGCUGCGCCACUGCAUGGCCACUAGUUCUGGAAAAUUGGACUUUCUCUUGGCAAUCAGCAGGGGCAUGUACAGCUGCUGUAGCUUUGAGGAUGAAACAGCAACAGGUGGCGCUAAAAGUCUGCCUACCCAUCACCACACUGCAAUGGUUACAGUCCCAUCACAGUCACAUGUUGUCUCAACAUCUAUGACCAACCCAGCAAUUGCAAUGGCGCAACAGCAGCAGCAACCACAACAACAGCAACCGCAGCCUGUCUACAAAACACCUCUUCCAGGCUCUCCUCCCACCGUGGUGCAUUCUGGGACAGCACUGGGUCCAUCCAAUACGCCCAUUGCUGGUGCGCCCCUCCCUUGCUCCACCUUCCUGCCACGGCCAGACCGCAGGCUGGCUGUGGUGGAUCGCUGGAGGCUGCCCAAAUCUGCUACAGCCACUAACCCACUGGCUGUAAGGGGGGGCAUCAGUGACAUGGGACCCUUUGCUCAGAAAGUACCACCAAACUGGGCUUCCACUGCUGGAGGGGGUGGGGGACUUGAUGGCUAUAAGCGAUACUAUGGUCCCAUUGACCCUGAGGGACUGGGGCCCUGCAUGGAGCAGCAGGCAGGGUCCCAGACCCCCAAGACUAUGCCGAGGGGGGCUGUUAAACCUCUGGGUACUCCCAGACUGCCUCCUAAGAGUCAGGCCCCUCUGCCUCCUACACCCCCGCUGCCACACCCCUCCCCCCCUCUCCCCUCAUCCUUCUUGAGGAAGCGCAGGCCCAAGAAGCCCAAAGAAUCUGGGGGUCCACUAUAUGAGAACAUUCUGCCCCUAGGGCGGAGGGGAGGAGCGAGGGAUGGUGUGAGAGAGGGAGGAGGGAGGAGGGCACGCCCCCUCUCUCCCCCACUCUCACUUCCUGUACCAGUACCCCUCAGCCCCUCCUAUACCCCUCCUUCUCCCUCUGCAUCCUUGCACUAUACAUCCUCGUCCUCUUCGUCGACUACAUCAUCCACAUCCACGUCAUCAUCUGCCUCAUCUUCUCGCUCCACCUCUCCCACCUACUCUUACAGUUCCUCCAGGAGCACACGGGACAGAACUGGAGGAAUUGAUGGAGAGGAUGAUGACGACGAUGAGGAGCUGACAGAAGAGUCAAGUCUUCUCCUUGGGAGGGGAAGAGAGAGGGAACGAUCAACCAUCCGACUUCGUUCUCUCAGUCACGGCCGCCUGCCACCACCCAUACCCCCCAGGAAACCACGCACAUCCUGGGGUGACAGAGAAAGGGAUCGAGAGAGGGAAAGAGGUGGGAGCCAACUGUCUCAGCUGCAGGAGUGGUGGGCAAGCUGGAGUGAGAGAGAGAGAAGUGGAGCAGGUGGAGAUGCUGAGAGGCAAAAAAGGGAAAAGAAGAGAAGAAAAGAGAAGGAGAAAGAGAAGAAGAAAAAGAAAAAGAACAAAAAGAGGAAAAAGCGGGAAGAAAGGGAAAGGGAGAGAGAGAGAGAAAGGAAGCGUAGGAAAGUAAAAAAAAGGAAG